CUUUUUCGCCCCCUGGCCCCCCUGCUCGAUUAUUUCGCUGUCUGGCUGUUUUGUGUUGAUUGAAUGCAUAUCUGUUUUCACGCAGUCUUACCAUUUUCUCCAGUCUCUGGGUCGGUUAUCGUUCAUUUUAGGAUCUAUACUAGCUAUGAGUAAUGGUAGCGGCUUUAUAGAAAUUUUGGUUUGUAAAUAAUGAACACUUUCGUGUUUUUCGAAACACUUCGUGAAAAAAGAAAAAGUUGGAUUUACUUUUAUUUCUUAACAUGUGAUUAUGGAUGUAAAUAUUCAGUAAUGUAUUUUAAACAAAAUGGACGUGAAAGGCUCUAUUAGUGGAUGUGAUGUGAAGUGACUCCUUUUUUAGUUCUUUUCGCUUUACGUGUUUUUUAUGUGAACAGACUGACAUUCAAGCAAAUACCCCAAACACUUGCUCGAACUUCAGAAAAAACCGUACGUUGACAGCUAUACUAUAGAGGUCGAGUAACGUGCUACAUGAUGUGCCAAGAAAAUCCUACGUCACGACUGUUACUGCACCUAAGCGAAGGAAAGGGACCCUAUUCACGUAUCAUGACUUGAAUCUCCGCAGAACCUCACACUGAAUGUGAUACACGAUUAGGGCUUUAUUUUAAUUCUUCAUUUGCUUCCUAAAAGCCCCGGGUUCCUCUAGUUUUAGCGUCAAUUAGUAAACCAAAGCCAAUAUUUAAAAAAGUAUAUAGGGUCUCGAUAGAAACGAAAUACGAAAUUAUAUAUUUUUCUUAACCAAAGCUAGUCUAAGAUGUCGAAUCAAAUGCCGAUUUAUAGUCAGGUAGUGCCGAAAUCUCAGUUCAGAGGGAAGAAUUCUAAAGGUAUGGCCACACGGGAGUCGAGGGGACAGAAUCUAGCGAGGGCGGACUUUGAUCCUUUGAAUUUCAACCAUGGCGGUAAUAUACAGUUGAUGAAUGCGCCUUUAGAGAACAGAAUUGAGAAGUUGGAGAAAAGGGAGUCGAGAAGGAAGGAAGAAACUAGUAGAUCGAGGAGGAAGAACGACUCGAGUGAGGGAAAAGUUGAAGCUUAUUUGAGGCAGAAUCAAGUCAGUAUGCGGCAGCAGCAGCACAGGCAUUCCGCUGUACGCCAAGCUGAGCACAGAGUCAAUCUAAGGUCGCUUCCUUUGAAUGAAAUUUCAACACCUCGAGGCCACGAUAGAACGCCGACGGACAGGCAUCGGGGCUUUCCUGAGAGAGAACGAGAUGGCUCUAGGGAGUAUCGGCGUGAGAGAGAAAGGGACAAAGAUAGAGAAAGAGACAAUUUUGAUUUUGACGGUACUCCAUUAAGUCCGAUAGCAUCGCGGGCUCACGAUAAAGAUUCCAGUAGGCCAGUGCGUAAGUCCUCGUCCGCGCAUAAAGUCACGGAGGCAACGAUAACGACAGACAAGCGGCGGUUCUUCUGCAGGGAAUGGGCCUUCCAGAAGAUAGCACACUGUCUUGAACAACGACCCGUUAGUAAGACGUGCGGAGCCCUUAUACUGGGUGAUGCUGGGAGCGGUAAGACAGCGCUCUGUCAGGAGUUGAGCCAGCCCGGGCAAGGACCGCAGGCGCGGCAGCAGCGAGCUUUGAACAGGAGACUUUUGGCUAGAUACUUUGUACAGGGUGACAAUGAGAACAGUCUUCGUCCCGGAGAGUUCGUCCGUUCCGUGGCAAUGCAGAUCUUAAGUCACUCUUCGCGGCGGCCGCGGACUGACGCUGAACGCGAUCAGUCGCCGAGAGAUGAUUCCACGCCCCUCACUAAUAGACGUAAUUCAGAAGAAGAGCGGUUAAUACAGAGAUUCAGUGAACUGGGGGACGAUGGCGAAGAGAGUUCCAAGCCUCUACUUGCUGAUAGCGAAGCGGAGCAGCGUACUGAUGAAGAGGAGUGCGGCAGCGGGCGGCGCGCACGCACUAUAGACCGCAUUCACGAACGCGACACAUACACCGACUCUAUGCCCUCAGCCUCCCUGCAACAUGACGUCGAUGCAGCGCUCACACAUACUGAUGAUUUGCCAGAAAUCUUGCCCCGUUCGAAUGUGAAAGCAACAAAUCCUUUCAUAAACGAUGAAAACAAUCCCGAUUUCCGUCUGUACGAAAAUCACGAGAAUCUAUUUCUGCGGAACAUUUCUCAACGUCAAUCCAAAGAGAUGAGAAAUUCUCGACUUUUACGUCAAAGCUCCGAACCUUUGACGGAUAAGAAGCCGACAUUGUUACAGAAAAGUCUAUCUACGGAACAAAAGAAUGAAAGUUCCAGUGAAAGUGAGAAGCCUAAAGUUGAAAAUAGCCCCCCGAAGUCACGGAUACCUGUCGCUAACUUCCGAUAUCCGAAUAAAAGUGAAUUACGUCCUAAUUCAAAUGAAAACUCACCACUUAAACGGUUAGAUGAUAAAAAAGAUAGACCAGUAUCACCUAAAGCGGAUUCCGAACUACCGGAGUACCAAAAUAUAUUAACACAAGAGGAAGUGAAUGAACAAAUUAAUAUAGAGAAAUUACUAGAAAAGAAGCGAUCGGAGAACGAAGAUAUGCCUCCUCCUAUACCAAGUUUACCUGUCAGUCCUCGGACUUUGAUAGCUAAUGCAUAUUAUGAUAAACUUCUGUCAGAACCGGAGAUACAACAAGCGUUGUUACCUCAUAAUUUAGAGAAGAAUCCAGAUGAAUGCUUUAAAAAGGCCCUUCUGUUCCCGUUGCUAGAGAUUGAUCCGCCAAAGCAGUGUUUGUUUUUACUAGUCGAUGCUAUUGAUGAAGGAUCUGUAAGUGGUCAGACUCAAAGCGAAAGUUCGGACAGCGUGGCGGCGCUGCUGGCGCGCCACCAGCACCUGCUGCCGCACUGGCUGCUACUCGUUUGCACCGCGAGGCGCCACUGCAAGGGCCUCACCAAGAUGUUCACAGGGUUCCGUAAGAUAACACUGGACGAGCUGCAGCGUGCGCACGUGUCCGCGGACGUGCAGCGCUACGUGCUCGCGCGGCUUGAUACGGAACCAAAACUAAGAGCUCGCGUGUCAAGCGACUCUGCGGCAGCAGCAGCAGCUGCGGCGGCACUCGACCACCUCCGUAUUAAAAGUGAUGGCUGCCUGCUUUACUUAGAAAAGGUGUUAGAUGGCGUAGCGGAUGGUUUUAUAGCAUUACGAGAGAUAAGAGAGAUACCAGGAACCCUCAACGGGUUGUAUCUAUGGCUAGCACAGAGGCUAUUCCAUGGACGGCGAUUCACUAAGGUCCGUCUUCUGCUGGACGUGCUGCUGGCGGCGCGCUGCGGCGUCACCGAGGAGAUGCUGUACAAGUGCCUGCUCACCAAGGAAUACAGCGUCACGAGAGAAGACUUCAAUAGAAGACUGCAUCUUCUAAGGAGGAUCCUGGUGAUGGAGCGGUCGACCGGUUUCCUGUCCAUCUUCCACCACUCGUUCCCGGCGUGGCUGGUGGACGUGAAGCACUGCACGCGCCGCUACCUCUGCUGUCCCCCUGACGGACACGCCGCGCUCGCUAUGUACUACACGCUCGACGCUAAGAGAUUAAGUGCAUUAGAGAUUCAUAACUACGUGUACCACAUGACGCACUUAGAACAACAUAUGGCAGCGCAGAAGAAGAACAAACAAGAAGAACAAGAUGACGCUUUGGAUCUGCAUACGCUGAUUUUACUGUGGGUACUAGAUUCAGGCUGUGAUGUGGAGUCAGCACUGAAACGGGACACGGAAACCAAACAAAUAGAAAAUACUGAUUCUGAGAAUAAUGAAAUAAAACCGGAAGAGAAGGAAUUGGAUCCAGAAUCUGAAGGGAACAAUUCGUUAUCAGAGCCGUCAGCACUAGAGUCGUUGAUGCCGGAGCUGGUGAGCGGCGGCGAGGCGCGCUGGCCGCGCGACCGGCGCGUGAUGCGCGCGCUGCUCGAGCUCAGUCGCGCAGAGCCUACGCCCAAUGUCUCUGAUAGUGAACACCUUGAUGAUAUACAGGAAUUACAUGAUUUGUUAUCCACGGAUCAGGCAAUGGAGGGCGAGGAGACGCAGGAGGGCAGCGCGGAGGAGCCGGAGGAGGUGGUGGUGGACCCCGCCACCGUGCACGAGCUCGCCACGCGCGGGGACGAUGAUACUCUCGCUAUACUACUCAAGCGGUACCCGCAGCUGGCGCUGGGCGUGGACGCGGCGGGCAGCACUGCGCUGCACGCGGCGGCGCGCGGCGGACGUGCGGCGUGCGCGGCGCUGCUGCUGCGAGCGGGCGCUGACGCCUCCGCCGCUGAUGCUGAUGGUUGGAGCCCCCUGCGAGCUGCCGCAUGGGCGGGACAUAGCGAAGUAGUAGAGGUUUUGCUCGAACAUGGCUGUGACGUGGACUGUGUUGAUGCUGAUAACCGAACUGCACUGAGGGCUGCAGCGUGGUCUGGUCACGAGGGCGUGGUGGCGCGGCUGGUGGCGGGCGGCGCGCGGCCCGACCUAGCGGACGCGGAGGGCCGCACGCCGCUCAUCGCCGCCGCAUACAUGGGGCAUGCGGACAUCGUGCGCGCCUUACUGGACGCAGGCGCUGAUGUUGAUCAUUCUGAUGCAGAUGGGCGCACCGCGCUGGCGGUGGCUGCGCUGUGCGCGGCGGGCGCGCCGUGUGCCGCGCUGCUGAUAGAGCGCGGCGCAGACGUGCACAAGGCGGACAGGGACCGCGCCACGCCCCUGCUGGUGGCAGCUUUCGAGGGGCACACUGAGAUCUGCGAGCUACUGCUGGAAGCGGAGGCGGAUAUUGAGGCGAGUGACGCGGCGGGGCGUACCGCGCUGUGGGCGGCCGCGUCCGCCGGGCACGCGCGUACUGUGCGCCUGCUGCUCUUCUGGGGAGCCUGCGUCGACAACAUGGACCCUGAGGGCAGGACAGUGCUCAGCACCGCAGCGGCACAAGGGAACGUGGAAGUUGUCCGACAACUCCUCGACCGGGGUCUCGACGAGCACCAUAGAGAUAACUCUGGCUGGACUCCUUUGCAUUAUGCAGCUUUUGAAGGUCAUAUAGAGGUUUGCGAGGCUUUGCUGGAGGCGGGUGCUAAGGUGGACGAGGCGGACAACGAUGGCAAGGGCGCGCUGAUGCUGGCCGCGCAAGAGGGACAUACCCGCCUUGUCUCACUACUUCUCGACGACUGGGCCGCGCCCGUUGACCAGCACGCCCACGACGGCAAGACCGCACUCAGGUUGGCAGCACUGGAGGGCCAUUUCGAGACUGUGUCAGCGCUGCAGGAGCGUGGUGCGGACGUGGACGCGCUGGACGCGGACCGGCGCAGCACGCUGUAUGUACUCGCGCUCGACAACCGGCUCGCGAUGGCGCGCCAGCUGCUCACGUGCGGCGCUAGUGUGCACUGCAGCGACAGCGAGGGUCGCACUCCGUUACACGUAUCCGCAUGGCAAGGGCAUACAGAAAUGGUCAAUUUACUUAUAACUGUCGGUGGCGCUCGUGUAGACGGGCGGGAUCGUUGCGCGCGCACGGCGCUGCACGCGGCGGCGUGGCGCGGCCGCACUGCGGCGCUGAAGGCGCUGCUGCGACAUGGCGCUUCGCCCUCCGCCGUCUGCACUCAGGGCGCUACGCCCCUCGGUAUCGCGGCACAAGAAGGACACGAGGAAUGUGUACUAUGGCUGUUGCAGCACGGCGCUGACCCCAUGCAGGCAGAUCACUGCGGUCGUACUCCAGCCAAAGUAGCAUGGCGAGCUGGACAUGCGAAUAUCUGCCGCCUGCUGGAACGUUGGGCAGCACCCUCCGCACCCGUCGCGCCCGCCGUCACCGCCGCACCCCCUGCACCCCCCGUCACUGUUCUAGAUGAAUCACCGCGACCUAGACCUGCAGGUUCACCAGACUACAAGCGGCGUAGUGUACACAGUUCGAACUCUACGAAGUCAUCGUCCAAUCUGACUGGGGGCUCGGCGCGCUCUCAUGAACAACCAGAACAAGAUAUAUUAACACAUGAUAAGACGAAUCGUGCGAACCUUUCACUGUCAUUCGCCCAGCAAGUGGCGCGAUGUGGGCGAAGUCGACGAGAGAAAGAGCGAGACGAACCUAUACCGGAGCAUCAUGCGGUAGAGAAAGACGCCAAACUCAGGAGUUAUAUAGCGAACGAGCGUGACGCGGAGCUACAAGGGUACGCGCGCGCGCGACGCGGCCGCGACCGGCGGCGCGAGGAGCGGCACGGCUGCGAGCGCGACACCUCCCCGCUGUAUGCCUCCCCACCGCGCAGCCCCCUCAGCGACCUCUGCAGCCCCACCGCGCCCGCGCCCGCCCCCGCCCCCGCACACGCCGCGCCACUAGCCGCAUACGGAUCGCAGCCGGCGAGCCUGAGCGGCGUGCAGCCUGUAGUGACGGACACGCACUUCAACCGCGACACGCACAUGCGCAUCAUACUGGGCCGCGACACCAAGCAGCCUUCGGACAGGCAUGACAGCGCGGUGUGGAGUAGGCGUGGCCGCGCCGCGUACAGCACCAUAGUGGGCAGUAUCGGCAGAGCGCGCGGACGAAUAUUUAAAAAAACUAAAAAUAAAAGAAACGGCAUCGUGACUAAUCCAGCGAUGCGGCUUGUGAAUAACGUGAGGAAUGGACUUGACAACGCUGCGGCGAAUAUCCGUCGCACGGGCGUCGCGCUCGCAGCCAGCGCCAGCUCUGCCAACCCCGCCGUCAAGACUAACGCGUUCCAGUGGCGCAAGGAAACCCCGCUUUAAACUAGAUGGCGCUGACGCAACUACAAACACGCUCUCGUUUGAUCAUGUUCGAAAAUAUUACAAUGUAAUAUUCUGUAAUAACCACAGA